AUGGAAGCCAUGGUCAAAGGCCAACAAGAGAGGCCAGACAGGUUCCCUAGAUUUAUCACUUGCCCAAGUGAAAUGGUAGCACUCUCGAUGGCAGACGGCUACGCUCGUGUUACUGGAGAACCCCAAGCCGUCAUUGUGCACGUCGAUGUUGGCAUUCAAGCACUCGGCUGCGCCGUUCACAAUGCCAGUGUCGGCCGCGCGCCUGUGUUCAUCUUCGCCGGUCUCUCCCCCUGUACCCUUGAAGGCGAAUACCCCGGUAGCAGAACGGAGUUCAUCCACUGGCUACAAGAUGUCCCUGAUCAGAGAGCAAUCGUCUCACAAUACUGUCGCUAUACCGCCGAACUGAAGAAGGGAAAGAAUAUUAAACAAAUGGUGAAUCGAGCCUUGAGCUUUGCGAAAAGCGAGCCUCGAGGUCCUGUUUACUUACAAGGAUCCCGAGAGGUUAUGGAAGAGGUCAUGGAGCCGUAUGAGAUUUGGCAGGAGUUUUGGUGUCCCGUGGAGCUUGGGGGGUUGACAUCGAAGCAGCUGAACCUGGUUGCCGAAGCCUUGGUAUCUGCUCGGGAGCCUCUCGUCAUUACUGGCUAUAGUGGGCGUGAUACUACCGUGGUGCCUUUACUCGUCGAGUUGGCAAACAUUGUCAAGGGUUUGCGAGUUCUCGACACGAUGGGUUCGGAUCUCUGCUUCCCUGCUGAUCACCCUGGCUGGCUGAGUGUGAGAUAUGGAUCGGACGACGCCAUCCACACAGCCGACGUGAUACUCGUCAUAGAUUGCGAUGUACCUUGGAUCAACACACAAUGCAAGCCUGCCAGCAGUGCCAAAAUCUUUCAUUUCGAUAUUGACCCUUUGAAAAACCAGAUGCCAGUCUUCUAUAUCGACGCGAUCCUGCGCUGUCGUGUGAAUACCAAGUUUGCCCUGGACCAAAUCGUCAGGCAUUUGAAAACAGAACUUUCAAACCAAAUCAAGAAAAAGCAUGAGCACUAUGAAACCCGGUGGUCAGACCUUCAGGUGUCCUACAUACGAAAGCUAAACGCCAUAGCUGCACAGGCGGAGUCGAACCCAGACGGCUCAUUCGGAUGCGACUGUCUCAUUUCGAACCUCCGGAAGGCGUGUCCGAUCGACACUAUCUGGGUCAUCGAAGCUGUCACCAACACAUUCACCGUGGCUGAUCAAUUACAGGCAACGCUGCCAGGAAGCGUGUUUAGUUCGGGUGCCGGUGGACUUGGCUGGUCGGGCGGCGCAGCUCUUGGUAUAAAAAUGGCCACGGAAUCCCUUUACGGAGGGAAAGGAAAGUUUGUGUGCCAGAUCAUCGGCGAUGGUUGCUUUCUCUUCUCGAUUCCAGCCAGUGUGUAUUGGAUUGCGCAGAGGUAUGAGAUCCCAGUGCUGACUAUUGUGCUCAACAAUAAUGGUUGGAACGCACCUCGGAAGUCUUUGCUUCUUGUUCACCCUGAUGGGUUGGGGUCCCAAGUCAGCAAUAAGGAACUGAACAUUUCAUUCGAUCCAAAUCCAGAUUACGGGACUAUUGCACUGGGCGCAUCAGGAGGCAAAUGUUGGGCGGGCCAAGCCAGUACCGUCGAGGAACUCGCAGCAAGGUUGCCCGAGGCUGUGGAUGCUGUCCAAAGCGGUCGUUCUGCUUUGUUGGAUGCGCGAAUACGGUAG